CAACUUUCAUUGUUUAUCAACAUGUCUGCAAGGAUUGCCAAUUAAAGAAAGAUAAAUUGCAUCUCAAGGAAAGGAAUAAAAAGAGGCUCAUCUCAGAGUUUUUCUGCUUGAAGAAGAUCUUUCAAAAGGUUUGGGAUCGAAACGGUUUGCCUGUACUACUUUCGUUCACUUUAUCGAUUCGGUGCGAAGUCAGUUGAAGAAAGCUUCGCAGUCGUUUCGAACUGCCUGAGAUAUCCUCGCAAAAGGUAUGCCGAAAUUGUGUAGACCUUUUUCAGCUACGAUAAUUGCUGGUUAAAGAUGGGUUCAGGCAGUUCAAAGAAAGUCUCGCCUCCUGGCUCGGCUGAUUCAACAAAGAAAAGGAAAAAAGACAAAUCAUUUUUAAUCAAAACUUUGGACGAACAUACUGGAUCCAUUAACAACAUAUGUUUGUCAAACGAUAAACAGACAAUCGUGACAGUCUCGGAGGAUCACACUGCUCGGCUCUGGGAUAUUAAAACCGAGGAAUGCAUCGGAGUUCUUGAAGGACACACAAGUUACAUCACAAAUUGCUGUGUGUCAGACGAACACGUUUUCACAGCAUCCGCGGACUACAGCAUUCGAAAAUGGGAUUUAAAAACAUGCGAAUGUUUGCAUGAAUUCAACGGACAUACGUCGACAGUUAACAAGAUUAUCUAUUCGCAAGGCCUGCUGUUUUCAGGAUCGUACGAUAGAACGGCGCGUUGCUGGGAUGCCCGCUCGGGCGAUUUACUACGGGUCUUCGAAGGGCAUCAUCGAAGUUUGUUUCCAUUGCUGCUAGUCAGCAACUCAAAAACACGCCGUACGCACGUUGAUCUAGACAGCAACGAUGAUAUCCUAAUAACUGGCUCGGCGGAUUAUACUGCAAAGUCGUGGGGAAUGAAUUCUAAUCAAUGCUUAGUGACCUACAAGAAGCACACUGGAGCCGUUUUAUGUUUGGCUGUAGAUUCUGCAAAUAAAAUUUUGUUUACUGGUUCCACGGAUACAGUGAUAUGUAUGUGGGAUCUUCUGUCAGGCAGACAUUUGAAAACUAUGGAAGGACAUAACGCGACUGUACUCAAUUUGCAGGUGUUAAACAAGCUCCUGUUUUCGUCCAGUUCAGACAAAACAGUGAGAUCUUGGGUUGUCGAGUUUGGGGACUGUACCCGAGUAUUCAAAGGUCAUACUCACACCGUGGGUUGUAUGGUGGUCGAAGAUGGUUUAGUCUUCACGGCCUCAGGCGACGGGACUAUUCGAGCUUUCAACACAAAGUCCGGCUCAUGCAAGAGAGUUUACAAAGGACAUGAACAUGCCAUUAACGCCUUAGUGGUUCACAAGAGGAAGAUCCUAAGCGGUUCUCAUGAUCAGACGCUUAGGAUUUGGGACGCAUCGAAACUUCGCGAUGACGAUGACGAUGACGAUGAACUCAUUGAAGUGGUGACGUCAAAUGGAAACGUUUCCAGCACAACGCUAUCGUGAUCUUGGCAACAAACAACUUUUUCUACGUUAUUCUCACGGUUUGAACACUGCUUUUUCACACGAGCGUCAUUUCAACGCAGAUGUUUUCAGUGUUAUUCCGCAUUUGCGUAUUUUUCACCAGCACUCAAAACACAAAUGAAGAUCGGAGAUUACAAUUUUGUAUUUCAUGCAAUAUAGCACUAUAAAUAUCGCAUCACAAGGAACAGACAAUGUCAGAUAUCUAAACUAGAAGCCUCACUAAAGUAUUGGGCGGAGAAUUUUCUGUUGUAUCGUGAUAUUACCACAAGCUGUGCGAAACAGUGACUCCUUUUAACGGAACGUCUCCACGAGGCAAAGCUUCGGGCACACUCCGUAGGAAUCACCCGUGCUCCUUGUACAAACGUCACUGACGGAAACGUCACUUACUCUUUGGUGAGACUUCUGAUUGAUAUCCAGACCGCCAUAGAAAUGAUAUAUUAACCUUAGCAACAAACAACUAAUCGCCCUAGUCACAACUUCCAAGUAGUCGCGUCAUAAUGCGUAUUGCAAAUUAAUUUAAAUUCCCAGCAGGGAAUGAGGCGGGAAUCUAAUUGUAUAUGAAUUCAGUGCAUUUGACUGAAUAGAUAUCUUUGUAAAUAGCAAUGAAAUUGUAUCAAAAGUACCCACACGUAGCCUGCUGCCACUGAGAAGACUCACUUCACACAGUCUCAAUUCGGCUUCGUGCACGGCUGGUUCUUCAAGACCGCGAUGGAUAGAUGUUUGAUAGUCGUAAAUAUUGCUCUAAAUUUUACACGGUUGUUUUUACGCCUCUCUGCAUGGCAGGUCCGGAAAACGUUUCGAAAGUUAUAUACAAGUAGUUUGAAAACCUUAAUUGUAGAUUUGCUAUAAAUAAUCUGUCACUCUUUUGAACAACCAGCCCUGAAACUGGCUCUCUGCUAUAACCAUUUUGAGGUGGAUCUUCAGUGUCGCAGGUUUUUUUUUGAAUUAUGCUCUAAUGUAAAGCACAAUACUUCUUGUUGAACUUAUUCGACUGCACAACUGUUUCCAUGAAAUGCGCAAUAACGUGUGUGUUAUUUACAAUGUAUUUAGUCAAUCCAUUUUACUUAGUAUAGUAAUAUGCUUAGUUUUUGGCAGUUUACAGUCAAAUUGUU